CUCACACACCUGUGCUGAAAUAGCACUAACUUUCUUCAGGCAAAAAGACAUAAUGCAACUUACCCUUAGCUGUCCUCAAAGGGAAAACGCCACUGGCACAUGAUCGUAGCCUCCAUCAUCUUUUUUGAGGAGAGAAACUUCCAGGGUCGCUCCUAUGAGUGCAGCAAUAACUGUGCUGAGCUGCACUCUCACUUCACCUGUUGCAACUCCAUCCGGGUGGAGAGUGGAAACUGGAUGGUGUACGAGCGGCCCAACUUCCAGGGCUACCAGUACUUCCUGCGCAGGGGUGAAUACACUGAUUAUCAACGCUGGAUGGGCUUCAACGACUGCAUCAGGUCCUGCCACAUAAUCCCCCAACACAUUGGAACCCAUAAAAUGAGAAUCUUCGAGCACUCAGACUUUGGCGGGAAAACGAUGGAGCUCACAGACUGCUGUCCGUCACUGUAUGAUUAUCUCCACAACAACAACAUAAACUCAUGCCAAGUCAUGGAAGGCUACUGGGUCUUUUAUGAGCAUCCCAACUACAAGGGCCGUCAGUAUCUGCUGAGACCUGGCGAGUACAGGAGAUCUAGUGAGUGGGGUGCGGUGAACACAGGAACAGGGUCCAUUAGACGUAUUACCUACUCUAAUUAGAUGGAGAAAUAAAAUAUGGGGACAUGUAUGUCAAUUAUUG